AGGCAAAUAACCUGUCUCCAGGCAGUCCCACUCAAGAUAAAACGGCGAUGGACGCACAAUUUCAGCCAGCCCCGUCAUAGUUGGCUCACGCCAUAAUCAGAUCUAUACUGAGUAUAUAUAUUCCGUACAAUUGAGAGUAGUUCCAGUCAUGUCAAUCAUCCAGUUUCUCAAAUCCAAACUUUGCCGCAAACCUCCCGCCAUGGCUGCUACUAAGAUCAAGAUUAUUCCCAACCCGCACUACAAGCCAUCAGGGACCAAGUCGUACGUGCAUUUGAUACGAAAGUAUGGCUUCCAUCCAACUAAGGAAGGCCCUUACACUAUCGGCACGGUCAUGCAACAGACCGGCCGUCAGUACACCGAUAAACCUAUUGGGGGCCGCGUUCAUGCUCGUCAAGUCCUGCAGAAGAAGAGCGCCGAUACCAACCAGACUGGAGAGGUUGGCGCCGACGAUGUGCAGAAUGAUUCCAUGUAUCUGGCUCAGAUCGGUAUUGGCACCCCUGCACAGAAUCUGAACCUUGACUUUGACACCGGCUCUGCGGACCUUUGGGUCUGGUCAACAAAGUUGCCAUCUGCCACGCUAUCCGCGAAUAAGAAUCAUACAGUUUUUGACCCCAGCAAGUCGACCUCAUUCAAGAACAAAAAUGGUUCCACAUGGAAGAUUUCUUAUGGAGACGGAUCUUCCGCCUCUGGCACGGUUGGCAACGACGAUGUCAAUAUCGGCGGCGUCGUAGUCAAGGGCCAGGCCAUCGAACUAGCAGACACUCUGUCUGCACAGUUUGCCAGUGGUGCUGGUGACGGUCUACUUGGCUUGGCGUUCGGCAACAUCAACACAGUCCAGCCCACCGCCGUCAAAACACCCGUCGAGAACAUGAUCUCGCAAGAGGAUAUUCCAAAGAGUGCAGAGCUAUUCACGGCAAAGCUAGGCUCUUGGCGUGACCAGGAUGAGCCUGACAAGGGCGAGUCCUUCUACACAUUUGGAUACAUCGACCAGGAUACCGUGAAAGCCUCGGGCGAGGAUAUCUACUACACACCCAUUGACAAAAGCCAGGGCUUUUGGUUGUUCGACUCAACAUCGGCAACCGUGAAUGGCAAAUCGAUCGCUCGUGCGGGCAAUAAGGCUAUCGCUGAUACUGGUACCACUUUGGCCCUCAUUGAUGAUAGCACGUGCAAAGCGAUCUACGAUGCGAUUGAAGGCGCGUACUAUGACAAUGACAGCCAGGGCUAUAUCUACCCGGAGAACACCGCUUUGGAAAAUCUCCCGGUUGUGUCCUUUGCGGUUGGCGAUAAACAAUUCGUCGUGCAAAAGGAGGACUUGGGCUUUGCGGUGGCCAAAUCGGGGUAUAUUUAUGGUGGCAUUCAGAGUCGAGGCUCGAUGGACAUGGAUAUCCUGGGUGAUACCUUCUUGAAGGGGAUUUAUGCUGUGUUCGAUGUUGGCAACACGCGCUUUGGUGCUGUGCAGCGAAAGGAGCUUCACCAGAACAUCUCCACGCCUCCUCAGUAGAUCUGUAAAGUUUCUACAAGGGGUUUAAAUGUUGUUCCAAUACAUUCUGUGCCCAUUUAUUGAUGAUCUACCUGUAAAUGCUAUUUUCUGGCUCAGCAAAAUCCAGAAUAGAAGGAAACCACAACUAAGAAAUCUCCUCAAGACAUGUCAAUGACCGAUUUCUGGGUAGGC